GUUGUAAAGCGAGUCAAAACCUGUGAUUUCUAAAUGCUUCAAAAUUGUGGAUGAAAUCAACCACGUUAUCCUCUCUAUAUUUCUCUCUCUCUUCCCUCUCUAACCAAACCAAAAAAGAAAGAAAAAAAAUAAGCUAACCAAACAAAAUUCUGAUCUCACUGUCAAGUAUCAACCAACAAUCCAACACCAUGGAACUCUCUGUGUUCCACCAUCAGCACCAUCCUUUGAUUCUUCAUAGCCCCCUUACCUUGACAAGGACACACAAAAGACUUAACAACAAAAGUUCAUAUAGAAUACCAUGCCACUGUUCAUGUUCUUCCACAAAUAAAACUGCUGUAGAACCAGUUACACUGUCUUUAAGCAUUGAAGGAAGAAGAGCAUUACUCAGUUGUCUCCUCACAACUGUUGCUGGAGUCUAUGCAUGUGAUGUGGCUGGAGCUGUUAGCACAAGUAGAAGAGCUCUAAGAGGAGCCAAAAUUCCUGAAAGUGAUUAUAAAACCUUGCCCAAUGGUCUGAAGUACUAUGAUUUGAAGGUUGGGAAUGGAGCCGAGGCUAAAAAGGGAUCCCGUGUUGCAAUCCACUAUGUCGCCAAAUGGAAGGGUAUCACCUUUAUGACUAGUAGACAAGGAAUGGGCGUUGGAGGAGGAACGCCCUAUGGAUUUGAUGUAGGCCAAUCUGAGAGGGGAACAGUCCUUAAAGGGUUGGAUUUAGGAGUACAGGGCAUGCGAGUAGGAGGCCAGCGACUGUUAAUUGUUCCUCCUGAACUUGCGUAUGGAAGCAAGGGAGUCCAAGAAAUCCCUCCCAAUUCAACAAUAGAGUUGGACAUUGAACUGCUUUCUAUCAAACAAAGCCCAUUUGGGACUGCCGUAAAGAUAGUUGAAGGUUAAUGUAAUGAUUUAAUAUUCAGAGUGCUACGUCGACAUUUUAAGUGAAGAAAAUGAUGUCCACCCUCCUAGCGGCCUUUUACAUUUCCCAUGAUGUUAACGAACAGAGCAUUUAACCUGUUUCUGGAGUGGCUAAGAAACAGAUAAUAAGUUUGAAAAUUUUGAUUGUUUCAAUUCAGGACUUGUGUUUGCUCUAAGUUAAAAAGUUCUUCAGAUGUGAUUACCAAAUUGGAAACAGAACACACGGAACAGAGAAAACCGUAUGUGUUUGCUCGGAA